AUGGCCUUCCCGGACUGUGACUGCCUCCUCCUCUUGGUCUGGCUCUUACUGCUUCAGACGCGAUUGGCCACUGCUCCUACGGUUCCAGGGACGCCUUCUCUUUCUCCUCUCCCUUCAGAGGAUGGCCUAGGUGACCCGGGUACAAACCCACAAGAGAGGCCACUCACAGGGACGCCUGAGUCCUCGCUGCCCCUUGAUUCGAUGGCAUUUACUCCAGGUCACUCUUUUUCAACCCUGAGUCUGUCAAGGCAACCGUUUCCAACAUGGAUCCCACCCACUUCAGCUUGUGGCCACAGAACUGCAAGGAUAGUCGGUGGAAGGCCAGCGCCGGCGAGGAAGUGGCCCUGGCAGGUGAGCCUGCAGGUCCACAGGCAGCACGUCUGUGGUGGCUCCCUCAUCAGCAAAUGGUGGGUGAUGACCGCAGCCCACUGUGUAUAUGGCCACCUGGAUUACGUCGUAGCAAUGGGAGAGGCUGACCUUCGGUCCAGGAUGGCGGUCAAGAUCCCAGUCCAGGGCAUCAUCGUGCACCAGGAUUACUCUGUGAUGAGAACGAUUGUGCACGACAUCGCCCUUGUUCUGCUGGCCUUCCCUGUGAAUUACAGUGUCAACAUCCAGCCCGUGUGCAUCCCUGAAAAGACUUUCUUGGUAAAAGCUGGGACGCUAUGCUGGGUGACUGGAUGGGGCAAAAUAGUUGAACAAGGUAGGUCAUCAAAAGUGCUUCGGGAGGUGGCGCUAAAUAUUAUUCGUCAUGAGAAAUGUAAUCAGAUUCUUAAGGAAAUCCAAGGAAAAGUGUUCGCUGUAGUCCAGGAAGGGGGAGUCUGUGGCUAUAAUGAGAAAGGAGGGGAUGCCUGCCAGGGAGAUUCUGGAGGCCCCAUGGUUUGUGAAUUUAAUAACACAUGGGUGCAGGUAGGGAUCGUGAGCUGGGGUCUUGGCUGUGGUCGAUUUGGAUACCCUGGAGUUUACACAGAAGUGAGUUACUACAGAGACUGGAUCAUAAAAGAACUGAGUCGGGCUUCGUGUUGGAUCCCAUCGAUCUUCCUCGUCUUAAGCAUGUGUCUGGUGCUUCACCUGGGCAUCUGGGUGACCCUGUGA